AUGAUUGUCAAUGAGAGUGUUUAUGUGGACCUGCGUAUCCUGAAACUGAGUCAAAUAGUCUGCUCUACUCUGACUGGAAAUGUGCGCAUAGACAAAAAACAAGCAUCUAGCCGUGUAUAUAAAGGAGCCACACUCAUUGAACUUAGCAUUGGGUCGUUGGUACUUGCACUUGCUGUGAUCUUGAAGGGCAUAAAUGUUGAGGUCCACAACCCCUUAAAUCGAGAGAGACUUACGCUUCUCCCAUAUGCUGCCUUGAUCCUGCUGUCAGGACUAUGUCUUCUGCUUCCUGCGAUAAAGCCAUCACCUUCUUUGAUAAGAUUUAAUCUCUAUACUCACCUAGUGGAUGUUCUAUUCAGUCUUGUAUGUUGUGGACUCGUGGCAAAGAAUACACCAUACCAAUCAGAAACCUCAAGUACUGCUGGGUACUCUGUUAACAACAUUUUAGGUAUACUGAUUGGUAUGUCGGUGUUGGAAUUUCUUCUUGGACUUUUCAUAAUAUGUUAUGGGUUCGUGCUACUACCUUUAGGUGAUUCGGAAGGCAGCCCAGUGCCAAAGCCUGUCUCCAGCACCACCACCGACCGACUCUGCCCUACUGAUACAGAACCCAAUUAUGGUCUAACUGAGGGGGAGACACCUGAUCAAAAAUCUGAAAUUAAUUAUGAUAUAUUAAUGUAUUUCCCUGACAGUAUUUGCAUGAUUGACCUUUUAAAAAAGACUAUAUCUAACAGGAAUGUACAUGGCUCUCUGCAUAUCUCUCUGUGUUGUACAUUGUGAUCCACAUGUAUAUGCCUGUGAUGCCUAUGUUAUUUAUUCUCUUCUGCAUAACCUACUGUACCUCUUUUUAUUGUGAUCUACAAUUAUGAUUGUCAAUGAGAGUGUUUAUGUGGACCUGCGUAUCCUGGUUAGGGUUUUUUGAAGGAUUCCAUUUUUGUGUUUGUACUUGUAAACAUCAUAUUCCGAUUCCAUAAACCCAGAAUAUCCCUUAUACUGGUUUUGAGAAACCCAAUGAUGCUAGCUUGGGUACCCCAACAUAAACGUUGGUGCUUCAGCAUGUAUACACCUUAUCCUGGUUUGUGAUUGUUACUGACUAGUAUGCAUUAAUAUGACGCAGUAAUGAGUAACUAUAGUAGAAGUAUUUAUCAUGUAUACAGGGAUCUUCAUAACCAGGUUUCUCUGUGUUAAUGUAAACUCCAUAUCCUGAAUAUAUGAUCAAAUCAGCCUUCUCACCAAGAGACUGUGCAUAGAGACAGUCAAUAAGGUCAGGUAAGGUAAGGAAACUUUAAUGUCCCCGAGGGGCAAUUGGUUUUAACAGCCAGUAGUACCAACAAAUAUGCCAUACAACAUCAUACAAGACAUACACAUCAAAACAUUUAAGACACAUACAGAGACAAAUAACAUUUAAGACACAUACA